AUGCGCCAAUGUCUAACUUCUGAUCUGGGCGGCUACUACACCUCAACCGCACUCUCAGAUAGCGACCAAUUCGGAUCGAAAGGCGACUUCGUUACAUCCCCAGAAAUUAGCCAGAUCUUCGGAGAAUUGAUCGGGGUGUGGAUCGUGGCAGAAUGGAUCGCUCAGGGCAGAAAGACUGAAGGCGUCUGUCUCAUGGAGAUGGGUCCAGGAAGAGGAACACUCAUGGAUGACGUGCUGAGAACAGUACGCAAUUUCCCGCCUUUAGCGAAAGCCAUCGAGGCAGUGUACUUGGUGGAAGCGAGCCAGAACCUUCGACUAGCACAGCACAAGCUCCUUUGCGGAGAUACACCGCUACUUAGGAACGAUCUCGGGUUCGAAAGUACAAGCAAACACUCCAAAGACCUCAGGAUCAUCUGGACGGAGGACAUACGUUUCGUGCCGCGAACUACCGACAAGGCCCCUUUCAUCAUUGCGCAUGAGUUCUUUGAUGCUUUACCAAUACACGUGUUUCAGUCUGUGCUACCAAACCCACAACAAGCUGACAAUGCCGCACAAUCGCAAUCCACAGCUCUGGGUCAGGUCGACUCCACAGCCUCUUCGCCUGGCUGGACAAAAGACGAGAUUGCAAGGUUGGCUCAGUUACGGGUAGAUCAAGGUUUAAACUGGGAAGAAGUCGCAAAGCAACUACAGCGCUCCAUCUUGGACGUUCGAGCGAAGUACUAUGAGCUGUCAAUGCCGAAUAAGGCAAGCGAAGCGGUACCACGACGGAGCGCGAGUGGGAAAUCGCAGGGUAAUCAAUGGCGUGAGCUUGUCGUCUCACCAAAGCCACCGCAUCGAUUGAAAGAGGAUGAGCCGGAGUUCGAGCUUACGAAGUCUAGGGCAGGGACGCCGCAUUCAAUGUACCUGCCUGAGACAUCCGCCCGUUAUCGGGCGCUGAAGGAUAUUGACGGCGCCACCAUUGAAAUCAGUCCAGAAAGCCAGGCUUAUGCUCGCGACUUCGCCAUCCGACUCGGUGGCCUUAACCCGCAGGAAGCCACCAAGGGCUCAGCAGUCACACCGGUGACGGCUCGUACGGUGUCUUCUGCGCCAAGUGAGGAAGCCUUUCUCAAACGCGAACCUUCCGGUGCAGCGUUGAUCAUCGACUACGGCCCUGCUUCAACAAUCCCGGCCAACUCGCUGCGCGGCAUUAAACAGCACCGACGCGUCUCACCUUUCCUUUCGCCAGGUACCACGGAUGUCUCGGCUGAUGUUGACUUCCUCGCCCUUGCUGAAUCCGCCAUCAACGCGUCUCCGGGAGUCGAAGUCCACGGCCCGGUAGAACAGGGCCGUUUCCUCACAGCCAUGGGGAUCGAAGAGCGGGCGGCGCAGCUCGUCAAGCAAGCUGUAGACCGAGAGCGUGGCGGAAGUACGGGUCAAGAUAAGGCUGAGCUCACGGAAUUGGUAAAGCGAAUCGAGAGCGGCUGGAAACGGCUCGUUGAUCGCGGACCGCAAGGCAUGGGCCGGUUAUAUCAGGUCAUGGCCAUUACGCCCUACAAGCCUGCGAAAGAAGGGCAACCCCGCCGCAGGCCUGUUGGGUUUGGUGGUGACAUUACAGUCUGA